AUGUGUCUGAAUUGGGGAUGUUUUAUAAAAGAAUUGUAUGAUUAUUGUACUUAUGUACCACCACGACCCGUGCCACCAUCAGUGGACCCACAACCUCCACUGCCACCAUCAGUAGUGAAUCCUCAAUCCAGAGAAUCAUAUCCAACUCCUCCAACAAGAGUUCCUAUACCUGAUGACUUACCUCCAUCUUAUGAUACUGUUGUUGCAUUCUUAUCUAGAGAGCAUUAUUCAAAUAAUAAUCCAAACACAUUGAGGAAAGGUGGAUAUGAAUAUACUAUACCACGUGGAUGGGUACGUGUUCGCAUACAAACUGAUCGAGCACAAUCACAACAAAAAAAGAUAUUUCAACGUUGGGCUACGUCUUACUACGGUACAUGUGAAAAAAAACUUGAACAAAUACUACGGAAUCGCUUCAUACCUCUUCCUGGUGAUCUACUAAACGAUGGCGAAAUUUUUUCGGAUCAUUCUGGCUACGAACAGCAAUGGUUAACAUCUCCAUCGAUUAACUAUGCUAGUGACUUACGGUAUAGUCCAAUAAAAACAUUCAUCUUACCAGACCGUAGAGGUGAAAUUUAUACUGUUCAAGUAGUUCUUCAAUAUAAACAAAAACCAGGAACAUUCAGUAUACAUCCAGGUCGACCUGGAUUAUGUGAUAUUAUUCCAGCUGAUGAAAUAGAGUGGAUGUCAAAUCAACGAUCUACUCUUAUACCUUAUGGAUUAAUGAUACGGAUGUCUAAAAGAUACUAG